AUGCAACUUUCCUGGAAAGAUAUCCCAACUGUUCCAACAGCCAAUGACAUGUUGGAUAUAGUUCUUAACAGAACUCAAAGAAAGACACCAACUGUUAUAAGACCAGGAUUUAAAAUCACUCGUAUUAGGGCAUUUUACAUGAGAAAGGUUAGAUUCACAGCAGAUGGGUUUGCUGAAAAGUUCACCGAUCUUAUAAGUGGGUUCCCAAACAUUAAUGACGUUCAUCCAUUCCACCGUGAUCUUAUGGAUACAUUAUAUGAAAAGAAUCAUUAUAAGGUUUCGUUAGCAGCAGUUUCAAGAGCUAAGACUUUGAUUGAACAAGUUUCUAGAGAUUAUGUUAGAUUGUUGAAGUUCGGUCAAUCUUUAUACCAAUGUAAGCAAUUAAAGAGAGCUGCAUUAGGUAGAAUGGCCACUAUUGUCAAGAAAUUGAAAGAUCCAUUUGUAUAUCUUGAACAGGUUAGACAACAUUUGGGUCGUUUACCAAGUAUUGAUCCUAACACCAGAACAUUAUUGAUCUGUGGUUACCCUAAUGUUGGUAAGUCAUCGUUCUUAAAGUGUAUCACCAAAGCCGAUGUUGAGGUUCAACCAUAUGCCUUCACAACCAAGUCCUUAUAUGUUGGUCAUUUUGAUUACAAGUAUUUGAGAUUUCAAGCCAUCGAUACCCCAGGUAUUUUAGAUAGACCAACUGAGGAUAUGAAUAAUAUUGAAAUGCAAUCGAUUUAUGCUAUUGCUCAUUUAAGAUCAUGUGUCUUAUACUUCAUGGAUUUAUCCGAACAGUGUGGUUUCUCUAUCGAGGCCCAAGUCAAGUUAUUCCACUCUAUUAAGCCAUUAUUUGCUAACAAGUCAGUUAUGGUUGUUAUGAAUAAGACUGAUAUCAUUAGAGUUGAAGAUUUAGAAGAAGAACAACAAGAAUUAUUGAAGUCUCUUACUACCGUCCCAGGUGUGGAAGUUAUGCAUGCUUCAUGUCACGAAGAAGAGAACGUUAUGCAAGUUCGUAAUCAAGCUUGUGAAAAAUUAUUGACUGCUAGAAUUGAACAAAAAUUGAAGGGUACUGCUCGUGUCAAUAACGUUUUGAACAAGAUUCAUGUUGCUAGACCUCAAGCCAGAGAUGACUUAGAUAGAGCUGCUCACAUUCCUGAUGCAGUUAAGGAAUUAAAGAAAUAUGAUGCCGAAGAUCCAAGCCGUAGAAAGUUGGCCAGAGACAUCGAAGCCGAAAAUGGUGGUGCCGGUGUGUUCAAUAUCAACUUGAAGGAUAAAUACUUAUUGGAAGAUGAGGAAUGGAAGAAUGAUGUUAUGCCGGAAGUCUUGGACGGUAAGAACGUUUACGAUUUCUUGGACCCAGAUAUUGCUGCCAAGUUACAAGCAUUAGAAGACGAAGAAGAGAAAUUAGAAGCCGAAGGUUUCUACGACUCCGACUCUGACGUUGAAGAUGUUGAAGUCGACGAAAUUAAAGAAAAGGCUGAUUGGAUCAGAGACAAGCAAAAGAAGAUGAUUAGGGAUGCCAGAAGCAGAAAGGCCUUGAAGAACCAUGCUAUAAUGCCUAGAGACCAGGUCAAGAAGUCGUUCGGCGAAAUGGAAGAACAUAUGUAUUCUAUUGGUCACGAUACCACAGCCUUGAGAAACCGUCUUGGUAAGCCUGCCGACGACCGUAAGAAUGUUUCAGGUGUUGAUAUCUUGAAGAGAAACCAAGGUAUUUCUGAUGCUAAGAUUCACAAGAAGAAGGCCCCAGUUAAGCAAUCCGAUCGUCUUAACGAUGGUUUGAAUGAUGGUGCAUUGAGAUCUCAAGCCGAAAGAUUGGCCAAGGUCCAAAGAAGAGAAAGAAACAGAAUGGCUAGACAAGGUGAAGGUGAUCGUCAUUCUACUGCUAUGUUACCUAAGCAUCUUUUCUCAGGUAAGCGUGGUAUUGGUACCAAUGACCGUCGUUAA